GCUCAUCACUCCCCUGCAGCCACAGGUCAGCUUAAUCAAGUUUCACCGGAACACCCUGGAAUCAGUUACAAGGUAGGAAUAAAUUAAAGAUGCCCACUAAAAAGAAAAAAAGAAAAAAAAAAAACGUGUCAAAGAGCAGAGGGGGGAAACCGAAGAUGCAGAUGACGACGACCCAGGGGACGAGGAACCCGAGCCAAAGAAGAAAGGUAAGCAGGCGAGUGAAUCAAAGAACGCUGGAAGAUUGAAGAAGAAGUCUGAGGAAGGCAAUGAAGGAGACGUGAAGUGAGGAGCACCUGGAAGACAGGAAAAGAGCAAGAAGAGGUCUAAUCCAAAAAGGAGAGCAGGAAGGAGUCGGGCUACGAAAGGACACGAUAAUGAGUCCCUGGGUGGAAGGGGAGCAGGAAAAAAGUCCCUGAUGUGAUCGAGACAGCCGAGAGGGCCUCAAAGAAGUUCUCUGUCAGAGACGAGAUGGGAUCAAAGAGCAAAAGCAAAAAGGGUGGCGACCAGGCCGCUGGGGAUGAGGAGGAGGGGAAAAAGAAAAAGAAAGACAAGAAGAAAAAAGGCUCACAGAGAGGCGAUAGUGACGAAGACACAAAGAAGACAAAAGGGAAGAAGAAAAAGAUUGAAAACUAUGUUGAAAUCUACGAGAACGAGCUCCGCAACUAUGAGCCGGACCAACUUGAGAACUACGAGGACGAAUACCACAAAAACAAAGUGUAUGAGGUGGUGACUAUUACGGGAGACGAGAGAGGAGCCGGCACUGACGCCAACGUGUUCAUCACUCUUUUUGGAGAGUAUGGCAUUACACCCAAAUUACACCUGACCAGCAACACAGAGAAGAAGAGUCGAACCGCGUUUGAAAGGUCCAAAACCGAUGUGUUCAGGGUUAGAACUCACAAUGUUGGGCACGUGAAAAAAAUAAGGAUCGAGCAUGACAACACAGGCAUGAGCGCCAGCUGGUUCCUGGACCGAGUGAUCAUCACGGAUGUAAUUCGCCCUCACCUGAGGUUUUACUUUGCUUGUAACAACUGGCUCAGCAGGGAGGAGGGAGAUGGCCUCUACGCCAGAGACCUGCUGGCCAGCAUGGACCAAAUGGACAUGCCCAAAUAUAAUAAAUACAUCGUUAGCGUUUUCACUGCGGAUAUGAAAGGAAGCGGAACUGACGCGGAUGUCUUCAUCAAUAUUUUUGGCGAGUUUGGAGACACAGGGGAGCGUCGUCUUGACAGCGACAAAAAUAACUUUGAAAAAGGCACAGAGGACAAGUUUACAAUUGAGGCGCCAAACUUGGGCAAAAUUAGGAAGAUCACCAUCGGCCACAACAACAAAGGCUCCUCAGCGGGAUGGUUUGUUGAUAAGGUGAUUUUGGAUGACAUGGGAAACAAAAUAGUGUAUGAAUUCCCCAUUAAUCGCUGGUUUGCCCUGGAUGAGGAUGACGGGAAGAUUCAGCGGGACAUUUUGGUCGGAGCCAACCAGCCAACAGGUAUCGUCUACAACGUUCAGAUUGUGACGGGAAACAUCCGAGGCGCAGGGACCAACUCCAAAAUUCACAUCGUGAUGCACGGUACGAAGGGCCAGAAGAACAGUGGAAAGGUGUUUCUCGAAGGGGGAAAAUUCGAGCGCGGUUUGACAGACAUCUUCAACGUUGAGAUCGCUGCGCUCCUCAGUCCUCUCAGCAGGGUUACGAUUGGACACGACAAUGACGGAGUCAGCGCCGGUUGGUACUGCGAGAAGGUUGUUGUGUACUGUCCUUUCACGGGGAUAGAGCAGACCUUCCCGUGUGGUAAAUGGCUCGAUGAGAAGGAGGGAGACGGGCUGAUAGAAAGAGAGCUGUAUGAGAUGGUCUCUCUCAGGCAAAGGAGGCAGAAAAAGCAUCCCUGGUCCUUGUGGAUUUGGACUUCGGACAUGCCCAGUGCUGGCACCGAUGCAGACAUCUCCUUUCAGGUUUACGGAGAGAAGGGCAAAUCAGACGAGAUCCGGCUGGACAACAAGUCUGACAACUUUGAACAGGGUCAGGUUGACAAGUUCAUGGUUGAGCUGCCGGAUCUGGGGAAAUUGACCAAACUUCGUAUCUGGCAUGAGAAGAGAAAUCCUUUUGCCGGAUGGCAUCUGAGCAAGGCGACUUUGAUGAAGACAUUAACAAAGGAAAAGUACACGUUUCCAUGUGAGAGGUGGCUGGACAUCAACGAAGACGACAACGAAGUUGUGAGGGAGCUUCCUGCCUGUGGAGAGCUGAUUGCUGAGCCACUACCCGUGAUUAAAUACCGGCUGACAGUCUGCACGGGUAAUGUCGGUGGCAGCGGCACGGAUGCAUCCAUAUUCAUCAACCUGAUUGGAGACCAGGGGGACACAGGAGAGCGGCAGCUCAUCAACUGCAAAAACAACGUCAACAAGUUUGAGAAAGGAAAUAUGGACGAGUUUAUCAUCGAGGCGGUGACCAUCGGGCAGAUCCGCAGGUUGAGGAUUGGACAUGACGGGAAAGGUGGCGGCUGCGGCUGGUUUCUCGACAAAGUCAUAGUAAGACAAGAAGGAAAGGCAGAAGCCCAAGCUGUGGAGUUCCCCUGCAACAGGUGGCUGGACCGCAACGAGGAUGAUGGACAGAUCACCAGAGAGUUGGUGCCAUUCUCAGACGGACAGCGUCUGUACAAUAUCAGCUAUCAGAUCGCGGUGAAGACGGGCGACAUUCCCGGUGGAAGCUCCGACUCCAACGUGUUUGUCAAGCUUUACGGAGAGAAGGGCGACACCAGCAAGAUGCUCCUGGUGGUUUCCACCAACAACCUGGGGAACUACUUUGAGACGGGCCGCAUCGACAUCUUCACAGUGGAAUCCUUUGAUAUUGGACAGAUUAACCGUCUCCUGAUCGGUCACACUAAUAAAGGCAUGCGUGCAGGUUGGUUCCUGGACAGCGUUCAGAUUAUGGUUCCAGUCCACGGGAAGAACUACAUGUUCCCCAGUCACCGCUGGCUGUGCAAAGACGAGGCUGACGGGAAAACCGAGGUGGAGAUCUACCCAAGCGAGAUCAUCGAGAUGGAACUAUUGAUGAAUUAUGAGGUGACAGUAGUAACCGGAGAUGUGAUGUUUGCCGGCACCAACGCCAGAGUCUUCAUCCAGAUUUAUGGGGAGAAGGGCAAGACGGAAAUUAUCGCUCUUGAAAACAGGUCCAACAACUUUGAACGCAACAAAACAGAAAUAUUUAAGUUUGAGGCCAAAGACGUGGGAAAGAUCUUCAAGAUACGCAUCGGUCACGACGGCUCUGGCGUUGGAUCUGGCUGGUUCCUGGAGGCAGUCGACGUGAAACAUCUGAUAAUGGCUCUGGUGCCGAAAGAAAAGAAAAAAGACGACAAGAAGAAGAAGAAGAAAAAGAAGAAAGGCGAGGAGGAUGAAGAUGAAGAUGGAGGAGAGGAGAUGCAGGAGGUGGUUCUUACGUACCAUUUUCCCUGCUCUCGCUGGCUGAGCAGCGGUGAGGAGGACGGAGAGCUUGUGGUGGAGCUGCUGCCUGAAGAUGCAGAAGAGGACCUAGAAGUCAACACCUAUGAAGUGUGUGUCUUCACGGGUGACAUGAUGGGAGCAGGGACGGAUGCCAACGUCUAUAUUAAUAUUUAUGGGGAAAAUGGAGACACCGGUGAACGCUCCCUCAGUAAUUCUGACAACCUCAACAAAUUUGAGCGAGGGCAGGAAGAUGUUUUCAUCGUGACAGCUAUUGAUUUGGGCACUUUGAAGAAGCUACGAAUCCGCCAUGACAACACUCAUCCUUACUCGGCCUGGUACCUGGAUCGAGUUGAGAUAGUGGACACAAAGGAAGAUAUAACGUAUUACUUCCCUUGCAACCGCUGGCUCGCAGUGGAUGAGGAUGACGGACAGAUAGCAAGGGAGCUGGUUCCUGUUGACGAGGCGUUUAUGAAGCAGGACGAGGAUGAGGAGGGGACUGGCGCCACUUUGGGGCUGGAGCAGAAAUCCAUGUCCACAACCUAUACUCUGAAAAUAAAAACUGGAGAAAAGAAAUAUGCUGGAACCGAUGCCAACGUGUUUGCCAUCCUGUUUGGUGAAAAAGACGACACGGGGCUCAUCAACCUAAAGGCUUGUAAAAACUAUAAGAACAAGUUUGAGCAAGGGAUGAUUAAUGAGUUCACUGUGGAGGCAGUAGACCUGGGUGACCUGGAGAAGCUUCGGAUUGGACACGACAACUCAGGAGGUUCGUCUGGUUGGUUCUUGGACUGGGUUGAGGUUGAUGCCCCGUCUCAGGGACAGAGACUACGAUUCCCAUGUGGCCGCUGGUUGGACAAAGGAGAGGAUGAUGGUGCGAUUGUGAGGGACCUCUAUCCUGCUGACUUACAGACUGAAGUUUACACUCCAUUUGUGCCGUAUGAGAUCAAGAUAUUCACCAGUGAUGUGUUUGCAGCGGGGACAGACGCUGAUGUGUUCAUUGUCUUGUAUGGUCAAAACGGGGUGUGCACACUGCAGAAACACCUCUGUGUCAACAAGAGGGAGCGACGCUUGUACUUUGAAAGAGGAGCGGAGGACAUGUUUAUUGUGGAGCUGGAGGACAUCGGUGAUGUGAUAGAGAAAAUCAGGAUUGGACACGACAACAGAGGCAUCAACCCGGGAUGGCAUCUUGACAGAGUGGAGAUCAGGCGACAGCUCCGGAAAGGGAAGGGUUCUGAGACCACGAUAUUUCCAUGUGAAUGCUGGCUUGCCAAGUCUGAAGACGAUGGGGAGACUGUGAGGGAGCUGGUCGCCUCUGACAUCAUCACACAGAAGCUCCUCAGGGAUGGGACGCUAAAGACAACCGAAACUGAGGUGGAGGAUGCUCUAGAGACUCACACAUACAAGGUGUCAGUGCGGACAGGUGACAUGUACGGAGCAGGAACUGAUGCCAAUGUGUUUCUCACCAUCUACGGAGACCUGGGAGACACCGGGGAACGUAAACUUGCCAAAUCUGAGAACAACAAGAACAAGUUUGAUAGAGGAGAGGUGGACAGGUUUACUAUCGAGGCUGUGGACCUGGGGCAGGUGUUUAAGAUUCGAAUUCGUCAUGACAACACCAUGGUGGGAGCGGAUUGGUACCUAGACCAGGUGGAGGUGCAGGAUGUGGAAACAGAGGAAGUUUACAUGUUCCUGUGUGAGCGCUGGCUGUCGAAAAAGAAAGAGGACAAGAGAAUAGAAAGGAUCUUCUACGUCAAGGGGUAUGAGGGUGAAAGGAAUACUGACCCAUAUUUCUUGAAGAUGUCCCAGUCCAGACAAGGCCUAGAUAAAAAUGCCAACAAGAAGAAAAAGAAGAAAAAGGUGUCAGUGGCCGAAGAAGGUCCAAUCAUCCCGUAUCACUUCACGCUGUCCACUGGGGUUGACCGGGACGCCAGCACCACAGCCAGGGCUUAUGUCAUCAUCAUUGGUCCGAAUGAGGCCGAGACGGACCGUCUGUGGCUGGACCUGGCAGAAGGGAAGAAAUCCUUUGCGGUUGGCAGCAUGGAGCACUUUGUGUGCUAUGGAGCUGACGUGGGAGAGAUCAAGAGGGUGGAACUCGGCCAUAACGGUGUCACACCAGAGAGUUGCUGGUUGGUGGAUGAGCUGUCGGUUGCUGUGCCAACCAAAGGUAUCAAGUACAUCUUUCCAUGUAAGUGCUGGCUGGCCAAAGACAGAGGAGAUGGUUUGACUGUCAGACUGUUAAACGUGCUGGACUCCAGCACCAUCAACAUUAUCCGCAAAGUCAUUUAUGCAGUCACGGUUGUCACAGGAGACACUCAGUAUGCAGGGACAGAUACAAACAUUUUCCUGACUGUGUACGGGGCCAAUGGGAGCACAGAGGAAAUGUUACUGCCGAAAAAUGGGGAUAGGUUUGAACGUGACCAAGAAGACACGUUCACCCUGGAGAUAGAUGACAUAGCUCCUCUGAAGAAGAUUAGAGUUUGGAUCGAUGGCAGUGGGAGCCGUCCAGACUGGUUUCUUGACAGGAUCCUCAUGCGGAACCUGACAACCGAGGAGGAGUAUCAGUUUACCUACGAGAACUGGCUCUCCAAGACUAAAGGUCCGAAAAGGACAAAGGUGUGCGAGCUGCCAGCAGUCGUGGAUGACGAGGAGAUGGUGGAAAAAACAACGUACAUCAUUCAAGUGCAGACCAGCGAUGUCGGAGGUGGUGGUACUGAUGCCAACGUGUUCUUGAUUCUGUUUGGGGAGUACGGCGACACUGGGACGCUGCCUCUGAAGGAGAGCACAAACAGGAACAAGUUUGAACGUAAAAUGAAGGAUGUGUUUAGGUUUCCUGAGAUGCUCAGUCUGGGUGAGCUGUCUAAAGUCCGAGUGUGGCAUGACAACAAAGGCCCGGCGCCCGGGUGGCACUUAGAGUACAUUGACGUGAAAGACGAGGCCAUGGACCAGACCUUCAGGUUCCCCUGCGACCGCUGGUUGGCUAAAAAUGAAGACGACGGGCAAAUUAUAAGGGAGCUGGCUUGUGCCAACAAUGACUCUAUAGACCUCAGCGACAAAACCAAAUAUGAAAUCGCCACAACGACUGCUAACACAGACGACGCCUCAACCUCGGAAAACGCCUGGAUUGUGUUGGAGGGAAGGAAAGCGCGAUCCAAGGAGUUUGUCCUUGAGAAUAAGAAAAAGAAAUUUUUAAGUGGUGCCACUGACACGUUUGAGUUCUCGUCCAAACACUUGGGGGAAAUCGCCGGUAUCUGCCUUGGCCACAUCACAAAGGAUGGAAAGAAGGCGAAGAAAGCAGUCUUCUGGCACUGUUUGGAGGUGGUGGUGACAGAAAAGGAGCUGGGAAACAAGUAUUUCUUUCACUGCGACGCACAAAUCCCUCUGGUGGCAAAAAAAGACCAGUUCCAGACAUUCGAAUGCUAUAAAUCUGUCGAGAGCUUUGCAAGCAAAGUUCGCAAACUGGUCCCUGUCAAGUACGAAAUUAUUGUCAUCACCGGGGACGUGAAAGGAGCCGGAACAGACGCAAAUGUUUUCAUCACCAUCUACGGAGUCAACGGGGACUCGGGCCGGCGUCAGCUGAGGCAGAAGUUCCGCAACCUUUUCGAGCGAGGGCAAACGGACCGUUUCGUUGUGGAGAUGCUGGAUCUGGGGGAGCUGCUGAGGAUUAAGGUGGAGCAUGACGGCAGCAACUGCAGCUGUGGGUGGUUUUUAGAGUGUGUGGAGGUGACCAACACAGCCAGCUCAGUCACAACCAUCUUCCAGUGUGGAAAGUGGCUGGAUGCUGAAAAGGCUGAUGGGCAGAUACAGAGAGUGCUUUAUCCAAGAUAUUAGAAGACGGAGAACACAGAUAGAGUUUAAUUUGGGAUCCUUUUACUCCUAUUUUUUUUAUAUAUAUAUAUCAAGUUUCUUAUGAAAAAGUCAGGGUUACCACAGAUAAAUGUAACGCUUUGUGCCAAGUGUUGAGGAAAAGCCAUAAAACUCAAAUGAAUAUCAACAUGAAUAACACAACACAAUAAACAUUCAGUUCAUACCUUGAUUUGUGCCAUUUGUUGUUUUU